GGGCGCAGGGAAACGGAGCGCACUGCAGACACGAUGAGGCGAGUGGUACGACAGAGCAAGUUUCGGCAUGUAUUUGGACAAGCAGUGAAAAAUGACCAGUGCUAUGAUGACAUCCGGGUUUCUCGUGUGACCUGGGAUAGUUCCUUUUGUGCUGUAAAUCCCAGAUUUGUUGCCAUAAUCAUAGAAGCGAGUGGGGGAGGAGCAUUCCUUGUGCUCCCUCUGUACAAGACUGGUCGAAUUGACAAAUCCUACCCUACGGUAUGUGGCCACACAGGACCAGUGCUAGACAUAGACUGGUGUCCACACAACGAUCAGGUGAUUGCCAGUGGCUCAGAGGACUGCACGGUCAUGGUAUGGCAGAUCCCAGAAAAUGGACUCACCCUUUCCCUGACUGAACCUGUGGUGAUUUUAGAAGGCCACUCAAAGAGAGUCGGCAUUGUGGCCUGGCAUCCAACGGCCCGCAAUGUGCUUCUUAGUGCAGGCUGUGAUAAUGCCAUCAUCAUCUGGAAUGUGGGGACAGGGGAAGCCCUUAUAAACCUGGACGAUAUGCAUUCAGACAUGAUUUACAAUGUGAGCUGGAACCGGAAUGGCAGCCUGAUCUGCACAGCUUCCAAAGAUAAGAAAGUGAGAGUGAUCGAUCCGAGGAAACAAGAGAUUGUUGCUGAGAAGGAAAAAGCGCACGAAGGAGCAAGGCCUAUGAGAGCCAUCUUCCUGGCUGAUGGCAACGUCUUCACCACUGGCUUCAGCCGCAUGAGCGAGCGACAGCUGGCACUCUGGAACCCGAAAAAUAUGCAAGAACCAAUUGCUCUUCAUGAGAUGGACACUAGCAAUGGGGUGUUGCUGCCUUUCUACGACCCUGACACCAGUAUCAUUUACUUAUGUGGAAAGGGCGACAGCAGUAUCCGCUACUUUGAGAUCACAGAUGAAUCCCCAUAUGUCCACUACCUCAACACAUUCAGCAGCAAGGAGCCUCAGAGGGGCAUGGGCUACAUGCCAAAGAGGGGACUUGACGUUAACAAAUGUGAGAUUGCUAGAUUCUUCAAACUUCAUGAGAGAAAGUGUGAGCCUAUCAUCAUGACUGUUCCCAGGAAGUCUGACCUUUUCCAGGAUGACCUGUAUCCAGACACAGCAGGGCCAGAAGCUGCACUGGAGGCAGAAGAGUGGUUCGAGGGGAAGAACGCAGACCCCAUCCUUAUCUCCCUGAAGCACGGGUACAUCCCAGGCAAAAACAGGGAUCUCAAGGUGGUCAAGAAGAAUAUCCUGGACAGCAAGCCCACGGCCAACAAGAAGUGCGACCUGAUCAGCGUCCCCAAGAAGACCACAGACACAGCCAGUGUGCAAAAUGAAGCCAAGUUGGAUGAGAUUUUAAAAGAGAUCAAAUCUAUAAAAGACACAAUCUGCAAUCAAGAUGAGCGCAUUUCCAAGUUAGAACAGCAGAUGGCGAAGAUAGCGGCUUGAGGGCCCCGCCCCACCCUACAAAAAAAAUGGGAGCAGGGACUUGCGCUUGGUAGCUGGUUAUUGGUGUGGUCCUAGGGAGGGUGAGUCGGGAGGCACUGCCAUUGGAGACAUUCCAUUUCAGAUGUGUCGACCAGCCACAGGCCACAUUCCAGUAAGAACUCAAUUCGUCUCCCAAAUUGCAGAAACAAACGUGAUUGAAAAGUUGAGCUUUUUACCAGAAAGCUUUUUUUGAUGUUUUAAGUGUUAUAUGACUUGCCGAACUUUAAAAAGACAAAAGUGCUACUUUAAAAAUCCCAGAUAUUCUGAAUUUUAGAAAACAAACCAAUUCUGAUUCAGUGUCAUGCCCAAGUUUGUUUUUUUUUACCAGUAGGGACCAAUGCCACAUUGCUUUUUCUAUUUCUUUCUUUUUUAAUGUUGCCAAAACCAAAAGUAGCUUUUUCUUUGUAUUUGGCUACUUUGCAGUAUUUUUGUGUGAUUUUUUUUUUUCUUAAUUUGAAAGGGACAGCACUGUGUAUGUUUAUAAACUAAAUGAAGAUAUUAUUUUGUAUAAACAUUCAUCUGAGAACAAUCAGCAGUGGCCACAUGGUGCUGAUGCAUUUGCAGCACAAGCUGGUCCUCUUAAUGACUGUACACAGGAAGACUUGAAAAUCACUUGGAUUCAUACUGCCACCCUCUCGUUUCAUGGAGUCUUCUGAUCAAAAAGCUCACAUAGUAUCUCUUCCUGCCUUUGCUUUCUCUUUUCUAGAAAUUGGUGGUUGUACUGGAAUGGGAUUUUUCUUCUUGGUUAUUCUGUGCUUCAGAUUAUUAUAAUCUAACCCAAA